AUGAGGAAUCUUGUUCUUUUGAAUUUGAUCGGUUGUAUCUCUUUCGUGGCUCUGUUGCCGUGGUCAACGCUCUCAUUCUCACCGGAAAACCCCACCGAUCGGCGCAUUUUGGUCUUGCUCGAUGAUGUGUCACUGAAAUCAUCUCACUCUAUUUUCUUCAAUGCUCUUCAGAGCCGAGGUUUUGACCUCGAUUUCAAGCUCGCCGAUGACCCCAAGUUGGCACUUCAGCGUUAUGGCCAGUAUUUGUACGAUGGAUUGAUUAUCUUCGCCCCAACAGCUGAGCGAUUUGGAGGGUCGUUGGAUUUAGCAGCUGUUUUGAACUUCGUUGACUCCGGUCAUGACGUGAUUGUGGCCGCUGAUGCCAAUGCGUCUGAUUUGAUCCGCAGCAUUGCCGCUGAGUGCGGUGCCGAUUUUGAUGAGGAUCCUUCUGCCAUGGUUGUGGAUCAUACCAGCUAUGCUGUUUCUGGAACUGACGGAGAUCAUACAUUGAUUGCUGCUGAUAACCUUAUCAAGUCUGAGGUUCUGUUGGGAAAAGAAAAGAUUGUGGCACCCGUGCUUUUUAAAGGGAUUGCUCAUUCUUUGAAUCCAGAGAAUAAUUUGGUUCUGAAGGUUCUUUCAGCUUCUGCUUCAGCAUAUUCUGCUAAUCCUAAUGACAAGUUGUCCAGCCCUCCCUCGCUUACUGGAUCUGCAAUUUCGUUAGUUUCAAUUUUGCAGGCCAGAAAUAAUGCACGAGUUUUGAUUUCUGGCUCUUUGGAAUUGUUCAGUAACAGAUUGUUAAGAGCUGGUGUGCAGAAAGCUGGAGAUUUCACAAAAUAUGAGAAAUCUGGUAACGAGCAGUUUGUGAUUGAACUUGGCAAAUGGGUUUUCCAUGAAAGGGGUCAUCUCAAGGCUGUCAAUCUUACACACCAUAAAGCUGGUGAAUCAAGUGAGCCUGCUAUGUAUCGGAUAAAUGAUGACUUGGAGUUUUCUGUUGAAAUCUAUGAGUGGUCUGGAACGAGUUGGGAGCCAUAUGUUGCAAAUGAUGUUCAGGUCCAAUUCUACAUGAUGAGCCCCUAUGUUUUGAAAACCUUGUCAAACAAUGAGAAGGGGCUAUAUCAUACAUCAUUUAAAGUGCCUGAUGUCUAUGGAGUUUUUCAGUUCAAGGUUGAGUAUCAGAGGCUUGGAUAUACUACCUUAUCACUUUCCAAACAGAUCCCUGUACGACCAUUUAAACACAAUGAAUAUGAAAGAUUCAUAACAACUGCAUUUCCCUACUAUGGAGCAUCAUUUUCCGCGAUUCUUUCACUUCAUCAUGAUAAUCUCAUGGAAACAAAUCAGAGUGAGUUCUUCAGGAACUCGACAAAUGCAAAAUUGACCCUUGCAGGGGUGUAUUAUUAAUGUAGGCAUACAUCACCUGGCAUGGAACACGGGGGUCAUUUAUUUAGGUAUAAAAUUUGGCAGUUGAGGAACAAUAAUAUGAUUACCAAAAUAAAUACCCAGGACCCAUUACCCUACUCGGCCGAUUCGUUUGUUGUGUUCCAUUUAUGCACUUAGCACAGUACAAUGUUCACGGUUGGGGUGUAAAAUGUGCAUAAAAAUCUUGAUUAACGUGUUCAGUUGAGCUGUUGAGGUAUCAAGACCGAAACGAAAUACUAUGUGAUAGCAUUCUUGUUUACUGUAAUAACAGUAUUUUGCGGCCAACUCAUCAUUAUUUAAGA